AUGUCAAAUGAGAAGAAAAACAAUUUUCAUUUAUUUUAUUUCAAAACUAAAAGAUCAUUAAAUAUUUGUCUAUUCAUUUUCAUUAUUUUUACUGUUCUUACUUUUCCAUUUGUUCUUAUUCGAUUAUGGAAUUUUAUUCAAAGAAAUUCUAAAUUUCAACAAGUUACAAAACUUAUCAAUAUUGGUCAAAAUCAUCACAUGGCUACGGAAUAUUCAAAAGCUCUUGAAAAUUAUGAAAAAGCGAUUGUCAUUCAAACAAAACUCUUCUCCCAAAAUCAUCCAGAUUUAGCCAAAACAUAUAACGAUAUCGGAUCAAUAUAUCGUGAUAUGGGUCAAUACUCAAAUGCUCUUCAUUAUCAUAACAUUGCAUUUGAUAUUCAACAAAAAACAUUAUCAUCAAUUCAUCCAGAUUUAUCUACAACUUAUAAUGACUUUGGUUCAGUGUAUAUCGAUAUUGGUGAAUAUUCAAGAGCUCUUGAAAACUUUAACAAGGCUCUUCAUAUUCUGCAAAAGUUACCGGUUCACUCAGAUUUAGCCAAAAGCUAUAAUAACAUUGGUUUAGCGUAUUUCUAUAUGGGAGAAGAAUCACGAGCUCUUGAAAACUAUAACAAAGCACUGAAAAUCUAUCAAGAGACGUUGUCGCCAAUUCAUCCCCAUUUAGCCAUGAUUUAUACAAAUAUAGGUUCUGUAUAUUCGCAUAUGGGUCACAAUUCAAGAGCUCUCGAGAACUACAACAAAACACUUGAGAUUUAUGCCAAAUCGAUAUCGUUUAGUCAACCUAAUCUUGCCUUAACUUACAGUAGUAUGGGUUUAUCGUAUUUAGAUAUGGGCGAAUACUCGAAGGCUCUUGAAAAUUGCAACAAAGCAUUAGAAAUUCAACAACGAUAUUUAUCUCCCAAUCAUCCCGACUUAGGAAGGACUCUUAAUAACAUCGCAGGUGUUUAUUCUUAUAUGGGAAAUUAUUCAAGAGCUCUUCAAACUUAUAACAAAGCACUUCAAAUAUAUCGGAAGACUUUGCCACCGACUCAUUCUGAUAUAUCAGCGAGCUAUAACAAUAUCGCUUCUAUAUAUCUUCGCAUGGGUGAUCAUUCAAGAGCUCUCAAAAACUAUUAUAAGGCACUUGAAAUUAUUCAGAAAACUUUUCCGUCCAUUCAUUCCGCUUUAGCCACCAGCAGGAACAAUAUAGGUUCAGUGUACUCUGAUAUGGGCGAGUAUUCCAGAGCUCUUAAGAACUACAACAAGGCGCUUGAAAUUUAUCGAAAGGUAUUACCAUUGGGUCAUCCGAAUUUCGCAACGAGCUUCCACAACAUAGGUUCACUGUAUUCUGACAUGGGCGAUCAAUCAAGAGCUCUUGAAAAUCACAAGAAAGCACUUGAAAUACAAAAGAAAGCCUUUCCAUCGACUCAUCCAGAUUUAGCUGGAAGUUACGACAGAAUAGGUGUAGUGUAUUCUCGUAUGGGGAAUCAUCUCAGAGCUCUGGAGAAUCACAACAAGGCGCUGAAAAUUUACCAAAAGGUGUUGCCGCCGACCCAUCCAGAUUUAGCUAGAAGUUACAAUAGUAUAGGUUCAGUAUAUUCUGAAAUGGGUCAGCACAUACAGGCUCUCGAAAGUUACAACAAAGCGCUUGAAAUUCAACGCAAAGUUCUGCCAUCUACACAUCCAAGUUUAGCGAUUAACUACAACAAUAUAGGUGCAGUAUAUUAUGAUAUGGGAAAACACGAUGAUGCUCUGGAAAAUUACAACAAAGCUCUCGAAAUUCAUCGGAAAACACUGCCGUCGACUCAUAUCGAGUUCGCCACGAGUUACAACAACAUCGGUUUAGUAUAUUACGACAUGGGUGAAUACUCAAGCGCUGUCGAAAACUACGCCAGAGCACUUGAGAUUUACGCGAAGACGCUACACGUAGCUCAUCCCCAUCUAGCCGCAGUGUACAACAACAUGGGUUUAGCUUGUACUCAUAUGGGUGAAUAUUCAAGAGCUUUGGAAAAUUAUAAUAAAGUUCUUGAAAUUUUUCGCAAAUCUUUACCAUUCAGUCACGUCAAUCUGGCCACGAGUUAUAACAACAUCGCUGCUGUAUAUUCUCAUAUGGGUGAGUAUUCCAGCGCACUUGAAUACUUCGAUAAGGCACUGGAAGUUCUACGCAAGAAUUCACCGUCUAUUCAUCCGAAUUUCCCCACAACUUAUAAAAACAUUGGUGAAGUCUAUAUGAAAAUGGGUGAACAUUCAAGAGCUCUGGAAAACUACAAUAAAGCACUUGAAAUCGAAGAAAAAUCUGUGUCACCGAAUGAUUUUCAUAUAGGUGAAAUCUACAAUAAGAUCAGUUUAGUGUACGAAAAAAUGGGUGACAAGUCAGAAGCACAGAAAUAUUUCAAUAAGGCGCUUCAAGCAAAACAAAGAUCGAAUUCUGCCAUUCAAUGA